UUGAUUACUUCUGCCAUUAAAAGUGACAACUGAAAUCAUUAGCUUGUUGUCUUUAACUCCGCUAAAAAUGUCGGACAUAGAGACGCCUGGAGAAACGACAAAAGCAAAUUUGGCGAUAGAAAUAACAGUAAAACGUGGACAUAACCUGCAAGGGAAGACGACACACAGUUUCCACAGUUUUCUGCAGGUUGCGAUGGGUGGAGUGAUGCUGGGAGAGUCAGAUAAGAAACACGUCAACAAUGUGGAACACGUUGAUUAUGACUUUACUUGCAGCUUUAAUCCACCAAAUGACGCCCAGACUUUCAGUGACAUAGCCCAAAAACCAAUCACAGUUACAGUGAUGGAGGUCCUGCAUGAGGGUAAAAGAGGUGAGGCAAAAACAGUGGCACUGGGCCAAGCCGUGAUUGACCUGAUCCCACUCCUGCAAGGUCAGUGCAACCUUUCUUGCACGGUCCCAGUGAAUCCUGUGAUCAGUCCUGGGAUCAAAGAAUCUCGGCAGGGAUUCAACCGAAAGCAAACAACCCUGGAUGUUUGUAUCAGCGUGUUGGAUCCCCUACUGUCUAAAGCGCAACUCUCAACCUGUACCUUCAUGAAGGUAACUGUUGAAACAGCGUAUUCUGUACCUGAGUCAUGGACGCUGCCAUCGGGGUUAGCUCCCAGUCCCUUUACAUACACCGCUGCCCUGGAGGUUCCUCUAACUGCAGAUCAAGAUCAGGUGCUGAUGUUCUGUGAAGGACAGCUGAAGGCUGGAGGGCAGAGGGAGGUCAAAGGCCGUCAGAGGAAGAGGCCCCAUCAAGCCUUACUGGUGCCAGGGAACCACUUCAUACCCGGAGCCUUUUUUCAUCCAGAGCCCAUUGAACAUGAGGAUGGAGAGCUAACUGCCUUAGAGGACCGGUCAUUUCGUACUGAGGCGGAGAUUACAAAGAAUAGGGUAAGCUGGGACACAGAGGUGCGAUGCUUCCUGGAUGCCGGUGGAGUUUCCAGACUGCAACAGAGAAUCAGAGAGAGCCGACUGUGGCCAGUGGAGAUAAUGAGGUCUUCAAUUCCAUUAGCAAAGCUAGGUGAGGACAACUCACAGAUCCCCUUCCAUGGUUUGGUAUGUGUUGACAUGGGGCGGCUGUUGUAUCCUGGAGUCUCACGCAUUCGAGGAGCAUACACCUUUCAGCCUUUCUAUGAGACCGAGCUUCUGAACAAGGCCAAGCGGAGAGUCAGUGUGUUAAAGGAGCAGGCUAAGGCAGCAGCCAUCCAGGCUAAAGCUCGGGCCAGCUCUGCUGUAGGGACUUCCAAAAAACCAUGGAAGAACUAUGAUGGAAGCAACAAGGGAACCAAGGAUCACAAAGAUCAAGCUAAAAAGCAAACUCUAAAUCAGAACAGCCUGCCUACAGCUGAUUGCACUCCUGAAAGCUUCUCUGACACUGAGCUGCCAGACAAUGUAGAAGGAAAUAUGUAUGUGGAGGCCAAAACGUAUGUUAUCAUCGAGAUAUCCUUGAAUGAACCACUGAUACCAAAAACACCCCCUGAGGAACUGGCUACAAGGGUGAAGGCACUGAUCCCUCCAAGACCCGAACGUCAGGCUGGUCCUAGCAGAGCAGAAAGAGCCGUGCUGGACUUCCACAGGCAGGUAGCCAACACAGUGGCUGCUGUCUCUGAGCAGUAUGUCGAAUCACUUGGAGAAAAUAGCGAGCUGCUUGAAAGCCUUAGCAAAGAGCAAAUAUUGGCUGAGGUGAUGGGAGGCCUCAAUGUCUCUGGACGAUAUUUUACCUUCAAGGAGCAGAUGAAGCGGGCGGUGGUAAGGAUUGUACGUGACAAGAUGCAGCGGACAGAGCCUUUCAAUGAUCCUCAAGAUGUGAAACAAUUUGUCAACAAGCUCUAUGUCUACCUGGUGGAUGAAAUGCAUUUGGCCCUCAACAAGAUUUCUUCCAAUGAUGUGAAAGAAGACUGCAUAGAAGAAGUAAAGUUCGAAUCCUGUCAGCUGAGACAUUUCGCUAAAGAGGCACAAUUUACUGGGAAUUAUCAGCAGGCGGCUCAGUACUACCAAGAGUUAGUGGUGAGGCACCCUGAUGAUCCGUUGCACAGGUUUGAGUGGGGAAGCCUGUACAUGUUGAUGGGGGACUACGUGAAAGCUAAAGAGUGUUACCAUGAUGCUGUGUCCACCCAACAAACACACCAGCCCAGCCUGAUGAUGUGUGGGGUUGUGGCCGUGAUGUUUGAGCGUUACAAAGAAGCCCAGACCUUCCUGGAGCAAGCCACCGGCAUAGACCCACCCAGUGUGGAGGCCUGGACGUUGCUGGGUUUGCUCCAUUUAAGUAUAAAUGACCCCAUCCUGUCUGAGAGAGCAUUUCUGGAGGCCAAGAGGCUACUUGGGGAAGAUGAAGCAAACAAUAAAACAAACAUAGACAUUGAGAAGAAACAGAGUGAGGACAACAUUAAAAAUGUGAAGGUCCAGCAGGAUGGACAGGAGACAGGUAUUCUUGCACAGUUUCCCACAGUUGAGCAAGGCCCAGAGGUCUUAGACCCGGUCACAGAGCAGCAGGAGCCGUCAGCACAGAGUGACGUCUCCAGACCAAUUCCAGCUAGACUCACCCAUUCCAUUUUCACACACACAGCGCAGUUCCUGCUGCAGAACAAUGUCCUACAGAUGGCAGAAUAUGCUUUGUCCCAAGAGCUGCUGUGUUCUGAAGGAGGUUGGACUGCUGCCUACCUUUUUAACCUGGCCCAGUUGCAGCUGCUCAAAGGGGAGUACAGCAGUGCUACUCACAGCCUGAAAGAAGCACUGUUUCAGGAAGAUCUGAACCCAGAUGUCUGGGCCUUGAAAGGUCACUGUCACUACCUGCAAGGGAUAUUUACUGAAGCCAAGGAGAGUUAUGAGUGGAGCCUGAUCUUUCCACAACCACCUUCAGACUCUCACAUUGUUCUCCUUCGCCUGGGAUCCAUCUAUCUUAUGGAGAAAAAGUUUGAUCAAGCUAAGGAAGUCUUCCUGCAGGCGUGUGAGCAGUCUCCGUCCUGCCUGACCUGGUUGGGCCUCGGCAAAGCCUGCUACAAGUUGGAGGAGCUCUGUGUAGCUGAGGAGGCUUUAGCUGUGGCCACUCAUUUGAAUGCAGAGAAUGCAGAGGUGUGGGCUUACUUGUCUUUAAUCAGCCUCAAGUCUGGGAGACAAGAAGAGGGAGAUCAGUUUUAUAAAUAUGCAAUCAGAUUCAACCUGCAGGAGUCGUCCCUCCUCAGAGAGAUCAGUGAGCUGAAGGAUCAGAUUCGAAUGAGUCAGCUGGCAUCAAGCUUCAGAACCAGUGCUGAAGCAGAGGUUGAAACAGUUUAACCAAGCUUUUUGUCAAUACAACAUUUUAUCUGCAUUAGCCAUGUAUUUCAAAUAAAAUUUAAUUGUAUUUUUACAUUGGAAUGUCUUAAAAUAAAACAAAUGAAGAGAUGAAGCCAUAAAAAUUCAACUCAGAGCACAAACAAAUGAAUUGCUUUUUUUUAAAGAAUGUAACAAAAUAAAUAAAAGAAAAAAAACAUGUAGUUGCACAAUAUUAAAUAACAAGUGACAUUGUAUAUUAAAUUAUGUCCAUGAGCACAUUAAAACAGUGCAGUGCGUAUGUUUUACAUAUUUUUAUAAACACAAGAUUCCUAACUUUGCGUAACCUUUCAUUCAGAUUCUGCUGUGACUCUGCAUAGAGGCAUGAAAGAUUCACAAAUGCUAAACUUGCAAUGCAACAUAUUAUUAUACAUGGUCAUGAUGAUUUAAAUGUUACCCUGUUGUGACAAAAAGCUAUAAUGCAUAUAGCAUUUGUUUAUCUCAUUUUAAGGUCUCAACAUUUUGCUGAAAUACUGCAAAAUUUGGCACAACUCUCUUAGAGAAUGAAAAUGUCAUGGAUUAUAUUUCUCAGCUGUAAAGUAGAGCAUUUCCUCGUGUUUCAAUAAAUGCAUUUCAGGCCUCCGUUGA